AUGCUCAGUGAAUUGAAAGCCAGAUCUAGAGACAGGAGUUCCUGGAUUCAAAUCUGGCCUCAGACACAAUACACAGUGUUGAUUCUAAGACAGAAGGUGGCCCUGGUGGAUAGGAUGGCAUCUGUUGUCAAUGGCACAGGCCCUGUCUUGCUGAUCCUGCUCUCUCUGUGGGUGCUUCCUGGAUGCUCUGAAGACCUGGCCUGGCAGGAGUUCAUGAAGCAACACCAUCUCAGCCUAGGCUUGGAUUUCAACCAGCUGAGCUGUGAAAGUCUUUUGGGUGCCAUGGAAUCUCUGAAGGGCAAAGCUUCCCACACCUUCAUCUAUGCUUUUUGGAGUCAGAUAGAAGAUAUAUGCUAUGGGGAUGGAUUAGAUCAAUAUGAGAAUGUGAGGGUAUGGAGCAAGAAACCAUUCAAAAUUCUUACUUGUGAGCAGCUAGAGUCUGGUCAAGGCUAUAGGAGUAUCAGUAGCUACAGCUAUGUAGAGCUCCACUGUGGCCUGAAUGGAUUUCCUGUGAGCCUAGAGGACAUCAAGGUGAAGAAGAUAAUCUCAAAUUAG